AGCAAUUAAUGAUGGAAGAAUUCACAUACUAUGGUAAAAGAACAGUAUUACCUAACAAACCAAUCGAAGCAGGGAAGAAAAUAGCAUUAUCUAGCCUUGAUCUUGUGAUGGAAAAGCAUCACAUACAAAUGGUUUACUACUACAACAUUCCAAAGGGAGCUUUACCGAUCGGGGAAUUAACGAAUAUAUUGAGGAUAACACUUGCAGAAGUUAUGUCAUAUUUCCCAAUUGUAGCUGGUAGAUUGUCAAGGAAUGAAAAAGGCAAAUGGGUGAUUAAGUGUAAUGAUGCUGGAUUAAGAUUUGUUGAAGCUAUAGCUAAAGGUAGUGUUCACACUUGGUUGCAUGAUCUUGAUCAUCACAAACAGAAGAAACUCAUGCAUUGGGAGGAUUGGCAUCAUAUCCCUUAUUAUUCUCCCACUCUUUAUGUUAUGGUUACAGAAUUUGAAGAAGGUGGGCUAGCCAUAGGCUUAAGUUGCUCGCACAUUUUAACUGAUCCAUUUAGUGCAACCAACCUAAUCAAGGCCAUGACUGAUAAACUGCUUAAAGGAAGCAUUUCAAUACCCCCUUUUUUCCAUCCUUUACCCAAAAACAAUUUGGGCUUUCAAAAAGCCUACAACUAUCCCAAAAACCAUUUAAUUUACCAUUACAAAACCCUACUAGAAGGCCCAAGUCCAUCCAAGACCCAAAAAUCUGAAACCAUUGCUUUUCAAUUGACACAUUCCAUGGUCCAAGCUUGCAUCAAUUUAGCCCACUUGAAUGGCCCAACUAAUCAUAGGCCCGAUAGUUCGCCUUUUGUGGCUCUUGCGGCAUUAUUUUGGGCUUGUAUUAGCAAGGUGAAAGGCGAGACGAAUGGACUCAUUGAUAUAUCCCUUGGAUUAGACGUGCGAAGCAAGUUAGGGUUAGAUAGAGGUUACUUUGGUAAUUGCAUGAUUUACACCAAAUGUAAUGGGGACUACGUCCAAAUGGAUGAUAUUCCACAUGCAAAUAAGGUAAUAGGAGAAGAAAUUGACAAGGUAAACAAAGAAGAAACAAUUGAUUUGAUUGAAUGGUUGAAUAAUUACAAAAGUUUAUCCCCAAUUUCUUCCCUCGAUAGGGGUAAUUUAGUCAUUUCAAAUCUCGAGAAUGUCGAUCCGUACUCAGCUGUUUUUAUGGAAGGGUAUGAGCCAAUAAGAAUAGGGUAUUACAAUGUUUCGUCCGGUGUUGAAAAGGGUAAAGUUAUGGUGCUACCAUCUCAUCCUAGUGAAGGAAAAUUAAGUAGAAUAGUGAUGGUCACACUACCACAUCAUGAAGCUCUUAAACUAUUUGAAGAUAAACUUCUUGCUCGUUUCUCUCCAUCCAUAAUAAUGGGAGCAAACAAAUUAUGUAAUUGAUAUAUUUGCAUUUUUAUGUCUACCAUAAUACGUCCUAAUCAUGGUUAUUAAUUAUAUAAUUAAACCUAUUACACAUACAUACAAGUUUCAA